CAAAAAGUAUAAAAAAAAUACACGAGUGCGAAGCCAUUACGAAUUUGUAAGGCGACACAUGGCCUGAGGGGGUUCGAUGCUAAGUUAGUCUGAUCGACUACUGCCAACCAGCUUGCAAUCCUCUCUACCCUUCACACGCCCCAUCUAGAUGUCGUCCCGCGUCCUCCUAGGCCGCGCCGCUUGGGCAGCACCAUCAGCAACUCACGCAUUCUCUCGUGUCGGUGUCGCGAUGCCUUUGCGAGCAAAAAUAUUAUCGGCCAAGCCAGAGUACAGGGCGCAGAUGUCGACAGUCAGAGCACAGUACGCCGAAGAUGAACAGGAUGUUUUGUUCAGCAGCCUAUACGGCCUGCGAACAAUCGAGCUCAACCGGCCUAAAAAACUCAACUCGUUGAACCUAUCGAUGAUCAAGAAGAUCACACCACGGCUGCUCGAAUGGGAGAAAUCGGAUAUGGCCAAUGUCAUUGUGAUGAAAGGCGCCGGGGACAAGGCAUUUUGUGCAGGAGGUGAUGUGGCGGCGCUCGCUGAAGUAAACGCCAAGGGAAAGGAGGGAGUCAAGCAGUCAGCUGCCUACUUUGCCGAGGAAUAUGCGCUUGAUCAUCUUAUCGCAACGUAUCAAACGCCCUACAUCGCCUUUAUGGACGGUAUCACCAUGGGAGGAGGUGUUGGCUUGAGUGCCCACGCGCCCAUGAGGAUUGCUACAGAGAGGACCGUCUUCGCCAUGCCUGAGACAAACAUUGGCUUCUUCCCUGACGUUGGCGCCUCGUUUUUUCUCCCAAGACUGGACGGGGCUAUAGGUACCUACCUGGGCCUGACUGGUGAAACCCUGUCGGGAGUUAACGUCUUCUACACGGGUAUUGCAACCCACUACAUGCAUUCGACGACGUUACCGCUGUUGGAAUCGCGCCUGGCCGAGCUGAGGUUCAACGACUACGACAGCAUGCAGGAGAGGCUUGCACACAUCACCACCGCCAUUGAGGAGUACACUACCGGUCUGCCACACGACCAGCCCAUUCUCCUGGCCGGUGAGUUACGCAAGGCCAUAGACCGCUGCUUCAGCCACGACAGCGUCGAGAAAAUUGUGGCUGCAUUGCGGAAUGAAGCCGAGUCCGGGCCCGUGCGUGAGUGGGCACAGAAGACCCUCGAUACCCUGCAUAGCCGCUCGCCGACCUCGCUUCACGUGAGCCUCAGGCAGCUGCGUAUCGCCCAGAAGUGGGGUAUCCGUGAGACCUUUGAGAAAGAGCACCAGCUCGCAGCCAAGUUCAUGGCAUCGUCUGACUUUAACGAAGGUGUCACGGCGCGCCUCAUCAGCAAGCCAAAGAGGAACCCGAACUACAGCCCGACGAAGAUUGAAGAUGUCGAUACCGAGAGCGGCAAGUUCAAGGAUUUCUUCAGGCCUGCCAAGGAUUUGGAGCCUAUCAAGUUCCUCAACCAGCGCGACUUUAACGAAUAUCCAUUCACGGAAUUUGGCUUGCCGAGAGAGAAGGAUGUUCGAGAGUUGGUCCAGAGCGAGGACCUCAGCCAACGCGAGGUCAUCAGCAAAUUUGUCGCUUUCUCAAAGGCCAGGCUUGGAGUUAAGAACGUCGUGGAAGAGAUCGUGUACCGCAAGACGGUGGCGGACGCCCAUGGUAGGGCCACAUGGGUGAACUAGCUGUUCGGGCCGGUUUGCCCACUUGUAGACUAAUCAUGUAUAUGUAAAAAUAUGUUUUAGUUCAUUGGUGUUGCCUAAAAGUGCACAAAAUGGCG